ACUGCAUUCAGAGUACGAGCAACGAAGUCAUCACCUCGCUAUGGAAUUACUGAGGAAUAUCUCUCAACAGCCGACGAAUAGCAACAGGGUGUACGAGCCCAACCAACCCGGGUCCUGUGAACUGCGGAGAAAGAGAACUGAGGACCACGGUCAUGCACCUGCAGAGAUGUCGAAGAUUAUCACGGAUCCUGCCACCGGGAAAUGUUACUGCCGUGGGAAAGUUCUGGGAAAGGGAGGUUUCGCCAAGUGCUAUGAGAUGACCGACCUGUCCACGAGUAAAGUUUAUGCAGCGAAAAUUAUUCCCCACACGCGCGUCUCCAAACCGCACCAGCGGGAAAAGAUUGACAGGGAAAUCGAGCUACACAGAGUUCUCCACCAUAAACACAUCGUGCACUUUUACCAUCAUUUCGAGGAUAAAGAUAACAUCUACAUCCUCCUAGAAUACUGCAGUAGAAGAUCUUUGGCACAUAUCCUGAAGGCACGCAAAGUGCUCACAGAGCCGGAAGUGCGAUACUACCUCCGUCAGAUCGUCUCAGGGCUGAAGUACCUGCAUGAACAAGAGAUCCUACACAGAGACCUCAAACUUGGUAACUUCUUUGUGAGUGAGACGAUGGAGCUGAAGGUGGGAGACUUUGGGCUGGCUGCCAAGCUAGAGCCUGCUGGGAACAGGAGGAAGACCAUCUGUGGGACACCCAACUACCUGUCCCCUGAGGUGCUCAACAAGCAGGGCCACGGCUGUGAGUCAGACGUCUGGGCCCUGGGUUGUGUCAUGUACACCAUGCUCCUGGGCAGACCCCCGUUCGAGACCACCAAUCUGAAGGAGACGUAUAGAUGUAUCCGGGAGGCACGUUACUCCCUGCCCUCCUCCCUGUCGCCCCAGGCCAAACAGCUCAUCUCCAGCCUCCUGGCCAAGACCCCGGAGGACAGACCUCACCUGGACCACAUACUGCGCCAUGACUUCUUCUCACAGGGUUUUGUGCCAGAGCGUCUUCCUGCUAGUUGCUGCCACUCCGCUCCAGAGUUCCACGUCUCCAGCCCUGCCAAGAGCUUCUUCAAGAAGGCCGCGGCUGCCCUCUUCGGCGGGAAGAGAGACAAGGUCAAAUACUACGAGACUCUGAAUAAACUCACCAAAGAGGAAGAGGAGAUCUACAAGCUUCGACAUGACCUGAAGAAGACGGUUAUCAGCCAGCAGCAGCAGAUCAAACAGAUGACUGAGGAUGGAAGGCCACCGUCACCAUCUGCUGGGAGGCCUGUCGCCCUGGCAACAGAGGGCCUGCCCCCGACGGCGCGAGACACCAUCCGGCUUAUUGUCAGGGGCAGUCUGGGUAGCUGCAGCAGCAGUAGCGAAUGUCUAGAGGACAGCACCACUGGCAGUGUGGCUGAGACAAUCACCAGCGUUCUCAGAGGAUGCCUGGAAAACAUGCCCAAAGCGGAUGACAUCCCCAAAGGGACAGAGUGCAGUAACCUGCAGUGGGUCACUAAGUGGGUGGACUACUCCAACAAGUAUGGCUUUGGCUACCAGCUUUCAGACCACAUAGUGGGCGUUCUGUUCAACAACGGGACACACAUGAGCCUCCUCGCAGACAAGAAGACUGUCCACUACUAUGCUGAGUUGGGUCAGUGCUCUGUGUUCUCCACAUCUGACGUGCCUGAGCACUUCAUAGGUCAGGUGACCAUCCUCAAGUACUUCGCUCACUACAUGGAAGAGAACCUGAUGGAUGGUGGAGACCUAGUGAGCCAGUCAGACACGCACAUGCCCAGACUCUACCUGCUGCAGUGGCUCAAGUCUGACCGUGCCCUCAUGAUGCUCUUCAACGACGGCACGUUUCAGGUCAACUUCUACCACGACCACACCAAGAUCAUCCUGUGCACCCAGAGGGAGGAGUACAUGCUGACAUACAUCAACGAGGAGCGUGUGUCCUCCACCUUCAGACUGAGCUCCCUGCUCACCUCCGGCUGCCCCGCAGACCUGCGCCAACGCAUGGAGUACUCACUCAACAUGCUGCUGCAGCGCUGCAACUGAACCAGGAAGCAGCACCACGCGGGGAACCGUUUAUACAGCCGGACAGACUUCAACAUGCUACUGCAGCACUGAACAAGGAAGCAGCGGCAGGUGGUGGGAAAGUGAAUGGGGUCGGACCUGUGUAAAGCAAUGGACUACUGAUUGGUAACCUUUGCCAAUCUAUCAGCAGAGUUGCAGCUGAAUCUGGAUGGAGAGGCUCUGGAAAGGACAGUGUAUUGAGCACAAUGACUUUGAACAGAAAAGGGCUGAUGUGUAUGUUGAUAAUUGGAGGAUAAGAUGACUGGAUGUUAUGUUAUGAUGAGGGGAUGGAGGUACGAAUGUGAAAACCAUCUGUUUUUGAGGAAGAGUGUGGAAGUGAAGAGGACAGUAACACUGGGCUGGAACCAGAUAAAACUGUUAUGUUAUUGUUAUUUUUCUAAUGAAAGUAUAACCAUAAGGGCUGAUGGAUGCUUCAAACUCGAUCCUGGGGCCUCCCCUCGGUGCACGUUUUGUUUUUUGUCCUAGCACUACACAGCUCAUUCAAAUAACCAAUUCAUCAUCAAGCUUUGAUUAUUUGAAUCAGCUGUGUAAUGCUAGGGUAAAAAAACAAAUGUGGCCCCAGGGGAGGCCCCAGGACAGAGUUUGGGAAAACCUACACUACAAGACUGUAAUGUACACAGCACUUCUGCAGAGGGAGGGGAGGCUGUGUGUGGGGAGAAACACUAGCUAACUUCAAACUGUGAUUCAUUCUCUGUGAGGAUAGAUGGACAUGGCUGUUUUACUGUGAAGGAGGGGGAGAAUGAUGUUGAUCAUACAAGAAGAGCCAUUACACUGUUAGACAUUGGAAAAAAAUAACUUAUUGUGUACAAAAGUGAAGUAUUUAAUAAAUAUACAACUUUUUCAAAAAAUA